CUCUCUCACAGCAGCAGCCUCUUCCUCCGGAGCUCCGGAACACAAUGCAGACCCCAACUCAGGAUUUAUGAUCCACUCACCCUGCUCACGAUUUGACGUAGACCCCUCCUCCUCAUCCUCCAUCAGCUCCUCUCCAGGUUGUCCGGGUUCUCCGUGGUGUUCUGGUGUUCUUUGUUCGGACCUUCAUGCGUCUCCCAGCAGCAGAGUCCACCCACCACCACCACACCACCACCACCACCACCACCUCCUCUUCCUCCUCCUCUUCAUCCUCCUCCACCAUGAGCUGUGAGCAGGACUUUGGAGACGGAGCGAUGGGAGUCACGCUCACUCUGCGCCUCCUCAUGCACGGCAAGGAAGUAGGAAGCAUUAUCGGCAAGAAAGGAGAAACUGUGAAGAGGAUACGAGAAGAGAGCAGUGCGAGGAUCAACAUCUCAGAGGGUUUGUGUCCGGAGAGAAUCAUCACCAUCAGCGGACCGACGGAGUGUGUGUUCAGAGCCUUUAGCAUGAUCACCUUCAAACUGGAGGAGGAUGUGUCAGCGUUGGUGGCUAACGGCGCGGUGAGCAGCCGUCCUCCGGUCACUCUGCGGCUCGUCAUCCCGGCCAGCCAGUGCGGCUCUCUGAUCGGGAAGGGAGGCUCCAAGAUCAAGGAGAUCCGAGAGACCACAGGUGCGCAGGUGCAGGUGGCGGGGGAUCUCCUUCCUAACUCCACAGAGAGGGAGGUCACGAUAUCGGGGAACCAGGACGCCAUCAUCCAGUGUGUGAAGCUCAUCUGCACCGUCAUCCUGGAGUCUCCGCCUAAAGGAGCCACCGUCCCCUACAGACCGAGCCCGAACCCGGUGCUGCUGGCAGGAAACCAGGUGUUCGAAGCGUCAGACUUCAGCUCCCACCCUCUGUUCUCCGUCUCUCAGGGAGGGGUCGACAUGCAGCAAACGUACGCAGUUCAGAGUCACUACGGCAUCCCUCACUCAGAGCUCGCCAAGCUCCACCAGCUGUCCAUGCAGCAGCAGAGCCUGGCAGCCAUCAGCCAAUCAGCUGCACAGAUACUACCGGGAGUGGACACUAACUCCCAGACCUCAUCUCAGGAGCUCCUCAUUCCAAACGAUCUGAUUGGUUCAAUCAUCGGUCGUCAGGGCACCAAGAUCAACGAGAUCCGGCAGGUGUCGGGCGCUCAGAUCAAGAUCGGCAGUCAGAUCGACGGCAGCAGCGACCGCCAUGUCACCAUCACCGGCACGGCCAUCGCCAUCAACCUGGCCCAGUACCUGAUCACUUCCUGUUUAGAGACCGCCAAAUCCACCGCCCAGUCCUCCUCCAUGCCGUCACCCGUUGACCUGACCAUGAGCUUCACCCAGCCCGCCUCCCCCGCCUCCUCCUCCUCCCCCCUGGCAGCGAUGGGCGCCCAUGCUCAGAUGCUGGGCGCCCCGUACGCCCUCCCCCUCUCCAGCCUCCUAGGAAUGAAGUCCUUCCCUUACCUGGCGCUUUCCGGCUCCCCGGGCUCCGCGGCGGCACUCGGGGCCCCCAUGCUGCCGGGCUCCAUGCAGACGGCAGCCCCCGUCCAGGCGGCGCUCGCCUCCUACACGGCGAAGAUCUCGUCCUCGGUCAACGGGAUGAAGAAGCCGGAGAGACAGAAGUUUGCACCGUACUGAUGAGGGAGGGGGGGAGGUUAGCAUCUCUUGGGUAGCUUCUGAUCCGAGAGUCCGGACAGGUUCAGACCCCAAAGAUUUAGAAAUGUAUAGUAGGGAUUGUCCAGACCCUGCAGGAUGCUAACAGUUAGCAUAGGUAGCAUCAAUUAGCAUUGUUGCAUCAUUUGGAUCGGACUCAGCUGUUCAGUACCAAUGAUCCAGAGUCCUCUGGAACUUCAAUAUCAGCCCAAAAUUCAUCAAAAUCAAAAUCAAAAAUUGACAAUUUCUGGUUCAAACCUGGAUUGUCUGCAGAUGCUAAUUAACGCAACAUCUGCAGGUUAGCAUCCUGCAGGUUCAAUGAGCUGGACACCCCCACUCUACAUUUUAACUUGUGGUCCUCAACGUGUCCCGGGUUAACACUGAUCUGCAGCGAGACUCUUCCGGGUCAGGAGGUUUUUAAAGGUGGACGGGCACUUUCACUUCCCUUUCAUCCUCUGCCUGAAAACCUCCUAUUUCUUUCUUCUUAUGACUCAAAAAAGACAAAGUGGGAUCAUCGGGUUUCAGAUGUUUGUGAGGCAAUAAAGAUACCAUUCCGUUUCCUUUAGCGUUAAUGCUAAGCUACGUCAGAUCAACUGUGAGUCCUGCAGGUAAAGGAGCUAAUCGUCUGACGGUUUUUUGCAUGAAUAGUCUCAAUAAGGUUUUUCGUUACGUCCCAGCCGGAGAAAAAACCCUGAGAAAGAUCACUGAAGCUGGUCUAAUAACUCCUGAUAAGUGGAUUCACCUCUUCAGUUUGACUUGAUGCUUCAUCAGAAACCCUUUAAAUCACAGCCGUAGUUUUAUCUCUGCUGACCCUCCUCAUCCUGGUCUGUGUGAUGGACAGGUGCAGCAAAGGCUCAUGGGUAAUCAGAACUCUGUCUAUACACUCCACAUAAAUGCAAAUACAGAUGAAGGAAUAACCCGCCCCCCCCCCCCCCAUCUCUCACGACCCUGAAUUUAUCCCAGAUGUUUUUCCGUGUGCAAAAGAAGACAAUCGUGUACAGCAGCUUCUUCCUGUCGGUGUGUUUAUGAAACUCUCAGGGUCUCCUCUCUGCUCCCCUCUGUCCCCUCCCCCCACAACCAUAACUCAUACAGCCGGACCACCAUUUGUAUUUGCAGAUUAUUUUAACUCCUCUUCCUCCAUCACAAACCAGUCACUGCGUGCAGUCUCCGUGCAGCUGGUACUCUAUUCAGAGUACUUAAGUAUAACUUAGAGGUACUUCCAUUUUCUGCUACUGUGUACUUCUACUCUACAUGUAUUUGAUCCCUGUAGUUGCUAGGCAGAUUAGGAUGAAUGAUGGUAAAUAUAAUCCCUUAAAUCAGACUGUAGUUCACCUGCAGUAAAUCCAGCAGCUACCCUGCAGUAUACAAAGCCAUUCAAACUAGCUGCACCUUUACCAGCUCUGAGAACACUUUAAUGAUCAAUCAUUAUAAAACAUAUCAGAGAUAUUAUUCUGAAAUGGACCAAUCAGACAAUGACUACUUUUACUGUCACUACUUUAAGUACAUUUAGAGGAGAGUACUUUCUACUUUCACUGGAGGAACAUUUAGAAUACUUUCACUGUGACAGAGUAUUCCUACACUCUGGUACUUCUACUUUACUCAAGUACAAGACCUGAGUACUUCUACUUUACUCAAGUGCAAGACCUGAGUACUUCUACUUUACUCAAGUACAAGACCUGAGUACUUCUACUUUACUCAAGUACAAGACCUGAGUACUUCUACUUUACUCAAGUACAAGA